AUGACUCACAAUAAUGAUACAACCUCCACUACACAAGUAACUCCUAUUCCAAAUUCUCACAAUUUAAUAUUAUCCUUGUCGGCUCUUUCAUUUUUUACAGGUAUAACCAGUUCAGCUUGGUAUACUCAUCGUAAAGCAUCCGAAUAUUUAAGAGAAACAGCGACAACAACAACAUCAUCAUCAUCUCGAUUUAGGCCAUAUCUCUUUUCUUUGAAGGCUUUAGCUGUUGGAUCAAUUCUUUGUUUGUCCACCGGUGGAUUAAUUGCUGUUGGCGUUGGCACAUUGCUCGGAGUUCACAACAUAUAUGAGUUUCAUAAAAAAAUGGAAGAGCUCAUUCAUCCAUAUACACCUCGAUUACGUAAUGCCGUGAGAUAUCCACAGGAAAUGGAACAAAAAGAAAUCGACGAUUGGAAAACUUUAGAACGAGAGUACAAAAUAGAAAAAAAUAAAUAUCAUGCGGAUAGAGAGGAAAAAAUGAGGAAAUGGAAGAAUAAAAAAUGGUGGUGGAAUUAA